CUCACAUGACAUGAAAGAGGAAACAGAAGGACAGACAAAAGGCUGUGGUAAUGAUUUCCUGAUCUCCUCAGUUUUGUUUUUGUCAAGAUAGUUUAAUCAUGCUGUGACAGAGACAGAGAACACACAUGCUGUCAAUGAGUUCAUCAGUCAGGUAACAAAAAAAGUGUGGCUUCCAAGGCUCUUCAGUGUGAUCCAGGAACCGCUGGCUGCAAAAGUGGCUGAGCCAGUCAUUUUCGGAGAGCAUAAGAGAGUGGAAGUGAAGCCAGACGGACACAGAAGGACUGGAGACAUGGCAGCUACAGCAGCUGAAGAAGCAGCUCCCACCUCCAAGCAGCAGCAGAAACUAUGCAGUGUCUGCUCAGGUGUCCUGAGCGGAGACCAGCCGACAGCCUGUGGACACUCUGUUUGUGACUCCUGCCUCGGUGACACAAGCAAAGGAUGCCCUGAGAGUCUGAAGAGCCUCGACAAGCCUGAACCUGUCAAACAGAAUGGAACAGAAGCUGAAGCACCUGCAAUUAACAGCAAAGAGGAGCAAAAUCAAGAUUCAAAGACAACAGAGGAAAUCAAAAUACAAGAAGAUCUAGAGGAGUCUGAGGAUCCAAAAAAGCCUGAAGAGGACAAGAAAGAGGCAGAACCGCAGACAAAUGGAGCAGAAGAGGAGGUGAAGGAGGAACCUUUGGGCCCUGACGAUGUAGUGUGUGAUUCGUGUAUUGAGAGCCCCUGCAGAGCCCUCAAAUCCUGCCUCACCUGCCUGGUGUCCUACUGCGAGGCACACCUCCGGCCUCACCUGGAGAACCCAAAGUUUCAGAACCACCGGCUGGUGGAGCCGCUCAGGGACAUCGAGAGGCGGACAUGUGAGAGCCACAAGUGGCCCCUGGAGCUUUUCUGCUGUGCUGACGACUGCUGCAUCUGUCAAGACUGUGUGACGGAGGACCACAAAGGCCACAACACCAUGCCUGUGGUGGAGGCUCGCAGACAGAUAGAGAGGGAACUGAAGGACAAGCAGACUGAGAUGGUGAAGACAGUGACGGCAGCGGAGAACGCCAUCAACAAACUGCAACUCAACACAGUCUCCAUUGAGCAUUCUGUGACCGAGGUACGAGCAGUGAUUGAAAGCCAAUUCGAGGAGCUGCAGGCGGUGGUGGAGAGGGCCAAGCGGGAGGUGGCGGAGAUACUGGCGGGUGAGGAGAAGCAGGCUCUGAAACAAGCUGAGGGUAUCCGGGUUCAUCUGGAGCAGAGAUGCACAGAGCUGAAGAAGACACAAGCGCAGGUGGAGAAGCUCUCCAAAAACAAAAAUGAUGUGGACUUCCUGCAGGAGUAUUCACAGUGGAAGAAAGAAGCCACUGAUACCUCCCUGCCUGGGGUCUACAUCGGACUUAUGGACCGUCUGAAUUCCUUCAGUCAUGUGAUCGUCAAGUCUACGGAGGAGCUGUGUGCCAUGCUUGUGUCUUCAUACAUAGACAAAGUUAAAGAGACGUGUAAAAAUGAUAAAAUGGGGAUAAAGACAACAGUCCAGGCGAUUGUUGCAGCAAAACAGAACAUAACGUUACCAAAUCCAGAGACUCGUACAGACUUCCUCAAGUAUGCCGCCCAGGUGACUUUCGAUGGUGACACAGCUCACAAGUUCCUGCGCCUGACAGAGGAAAACAGGAAGGUGACUAAUACCACACCCUGGCAACAUCCUUAUCCUGAUGUACCUGAGCGCUUUGAGAACUGGCGUCAAGUGCUGGCAACAGAGAGCUUCUAUCUGGGGCGGCACUACUUUGAGGUGGAUAUCGGCGGCGAGGGCACACACAUCGGCGUCACCUACAAGAGCAUCGACCGAAAGGGAAGUGAAAGCAACAGCUGCAUCACAGGUAACAACUUCUCCUGGUGUAUUCAGUGGAACGGACGCACCUUCUCCGCUUGGCACAGUGAUGUAGAAACUCCUCUCAGUGUGGAGAAGUUCACCCGUAUCGGGGUGUAUGUGAACUACCAGCAAGGCCUCCUGGCUUUUUACGGAGUGAAUGAUACCAUGACCCUCAUCCACGAGUACAAGGCAGAGUUCCUGGAGCCUCUUUACCCAGCUUUCUGGUUGUCUAAGAAAGAGAAUAUUGUUGCCUUGGUUGCACCUGGAGAGCCAUUACCGCUCAAAAGCCCCUCUCCUCCCACCUCACCUGCAAAUGGAAUUGUUUCAAAAACAGCAGCAUAGUAAUGAAGUUUCCCUGCAUCGUUCACAAUUGUUCAAGUUUGUCUUAAAGCUGCAGUCAGGUUAUAUGAACAGUGAAAGAGGUUUUCUGUACUGUAAUCAAUCCUCCUGUUCAUAUUGCAUAUUAAAAGAUCUGCUUCAAAUGUGCUUUCAGUGUAAGUGAUGGAGGCCAAAAUCCACAGUGUAUGAGGCUUCAGCAGUCUGAGUUAAUCAUAUCAAGUGGAUAUCUGACACAUUUACAGUCUUUUUAGCAUCAA